AUGUUAAUGGGUCAACAAUCUACUCAUUUAAAUAGUAAUAUGCAUCAACAAGAAUUCUCGAUUCCACUAUGGGAAUAUAAUAAAGAAAAACAAAAAUGGUCACAAAAACAAUAUGAUAAUAAUAAUCAAAUGAAUAAUUGGAAUAAAUUUCGUGUUGUUACAUAUAAUAUUUGGUUUUCGGAUGAUUAUCAACCGAUGCGUUUUAACAGUCUUUGUGAUAUAUUAAAUCUAUCUGAGGCACAAAUAAUUGGUUUACAAGAAAUGACAACAAAUAUCCUUCAACACCUUUUAGCACAAAAAUUUGUUCAACAACGAUAUUAUUUAUCCGAUGUUGAUGGUCGUACAUUCAAUGGUUGGUAUGGUGUUGUUUUAUUAAUUGAUAUUCGUCUUAAUAUUUCUCAUUUAAAUCUUAUGAAUUUUCCUCAGUCAACAAUGGGUCGUCGUUUAUUAUUUGCUGAAAUAAAAUUAGAUCAAAAUGAAAUACUCCGUAUUGGUACUGUUCAUUUAGAAUCUUUAGAUAAUAAACAACAACGAUUAUGUCAGUUAGAUAUAUGUCGAAAAGUAUUUAAUCAUUUUCCAGGUACUUGUAUUUUAAUGGGAGAUUUUAAUUUUAAUGCACAUGGUCAAGAAAAUAUCGAUCAAUUCAAAGCAUUACCCGAAUGGAUUGAUGUUUGGACAUAUUUAAUGGGUUAUGAUAAUCAUGGUUAUACAUUUGAUACAGAAAAAAAUCCAAUGACAAAAUUUCAUAAUAAAAUAUCAGAUCAAUCAAGAUAUGAUCGAAUUAUUUUACAAAGUCAAACAAUUAUUCCUACUCAAAUUGAAAUCUUAGGUAAUAAAAGUAUCGCCAAUGAUAGACACUUACAUAUAUUUCCAUCAGAUCAUUUUGGUUUGACGGCAAUAUUUGAAAAGAAAAAAUAA